AUGCGCUUGACAGCCCACCGGCGCCGGCGGUGCCUCCUCCUGGGAAGCCCCUUCCCCAGCCUCGGACCUGCCCUCGCACCCCCGGGCGUGCUCGGCCGGCCUCUUCUGAAGCAGUCACCCUGGAGCAAUCAGAGCAGCGGCUGGAGCACAGGAAAUAUAUCCUGGGGAGGAAUGCAUGGCAGAGACCAUCGUAGAACUGGAAACAUGGGAAUUCCAGGAACUAUGAACCAGAUCUCUCCUUUGAAGAAGCCCUUUUCUGGUAAUGUCAUAGCUCCUCCUAAAUUUACUCGCUCCACUCCAUCACUGACUCCAAAAUCGUGGAUUGAAGAUAAUGUUUUCCGAACUGACAACAACAGUAACACUCUCCUUCCUUUGCAGGAUCGAAAUAGAAUGUAUGACAGUCUGAAUAUGCACUCGUUGGAAAACUCCCUUAUUGACAUAAUGAGAGCAGAGCAUGAUCCACUUAAAG